GGCCAUAAUACUUUAUAAAGCUUCUCUGUCGGCAGUGAGCCACUGUGAAAAAGACUACUGUUACCGUAACUGCUGAUAGACUAGCCUAAUUGCUGAUAAGCAAACUCAAGAUUUGGAAACAGCGAUCCACAUCGAGAUUACUGUACAUCAUGAGUGAGAGACAAGGAUCUGGAGCAACUGCCGGCAACAACAAAACGCCUGGGGGACAAGACUCGUCUAAGAAGAACGUCCCUGCUGACGUCCCUGCGGACGACUUCGACAUCGACAUGGGCGCCCCUGAGACCGAGAAGGCGGCCGUCGCCAUCCAAUCCCAGUUCAGGAAGUUCCAGAAGAAGAAGACUGACGACAAGUCCUAGUGGCCUGUGGGGUUUCCCCUGUUGCCCAUGGACACCAGGGCGCGUCGCCGUGGCACCUCAUUUGCAUGUCAACUAAUUCAUACCCGUACAAACUCUAGGGGACGAGGGCGGGGGGUGGGUGGUUGAAACCGGGGGAAGCAAGCAAAGACAGAAGCCUGUCGAUCACUGACAUGUCUGUGAAGUCCCGUGACCUAUUAUUUAAUUGCUGUACCAAUAAAUGAGGAAAAAUAUCUGUUCUCUGUCCGCCAUUUUUGUCCAUCCUAACAUGUCUAUAGUAGUUGGUGUUAGGGAAUGUUUUUUUUGUUUUUUUUCAGCCUUAGACUCCAACCUGCUCACUCUACCAUCUUGUACCUUAGGGCUAUCCAUGUAGACUAAGUCACCAAGAGGCAUUUUCUUUUGCACAUGGCACAAUAUUAAGCUAUGAUCUACUGUAUAACACUGUACAUUGAAUAAAUAAAAAACUGU